AUGGUCCUCACCCACACCCAAAACCACACAUACUCUCACCCCUUCCCGACCGUUACCCUCGCCUACUUUCUGCGGUACUGCUCCCCGCAGGUCAACCCGUUUGCGGCACAUGUGCUCAGCACCGAUACCAUCUCGACCCAUGUCGACCCCGCCACCGGGAGGCUACACACCACCCGUAUCCACCUGAAGAAGUCCCGUAUUCCUUCUGCCGUCGUCAAGCUCCUCCCUGCGUCGCUCACCGGCGGUGGUGGCGACAAGAAGUCAUACAUCCUGGAGACCAGCAUCGUGGACAUCAACGAGGGAUGGAUGCGCACCGAGAGUCGCAACCUCGAUUUCGUCGGUGUUCUCUCCGUCAUCGAGCGGCAGACAUACACCGCCCCACAGCUACCGGCCGCCAACACCACCAGCACUGACGUGGCCACCACCACCAUCUUCCGGUCGAGGGUUGGCGAGAAGAUCAGGGAGCGCAUGGGCCAGGCGUCGCAGCAGGACAGCGCCCAGGGCGGUUGGCUGGCCAAGUCUAUCAUCCAGCGCAGCAUCGAGUCGAUUGCGUCCCGCAAGACGCAGGACCAGCUCGGCAAGAGCCGUGAGGGUAUGCGCGUUGUCCUGGAGAGGCUGAGGAAUACCGGUGUUAAGGGCAUCCUAGAGUUGACCCGGAGAACGAGGGAGGCUGCCCUCGCGGAGGGAGGUGCGUUGUGA